ACGUGAACCGUCACGAGCUGUCAAACAAAAAUUAUAUAACCUCACUUCGAAGUACCUCCGAGCGAAUCGGCGGUUCGCCCUGCAUGAACUGGAACUAGAUGCGAAUUGAAUAGAGCGAGUAAUGUCUACAAGUGGCAGCGGAUCAUCGUUCCUGAAAUGGCAAAUCGCAUUGGGAUUGGGUGCGAUGGGCGCCGUUGGACUCGCCUAUUGGUACCUUAGAUCUAACAAAAGUGCACCAUUACAAACCAUUGAGGAGAGCAAUACGAUUGGAGAGCUCGAGGAAACAGAUUUUCAACGCGCCAAUCGUUUCAAAACUGAAGGAAAUGAAAUGUUCAAACGCGGCAAAUACGAUGAAGCCAUAAACCUGUACAACAAAGCUAUAGAAUCAAUCCCAGAGGAGUACAAAACAGACUUGGCCACCUUCUAUCAAAAUCGUGCCGCAGCUUAUGAACAAUUGAAGAAAUGGAGCGCCGUAAUUGCCGAUUGUUCGAAAGCUAUUGAACUGAACAACAAGUAUGAAAAGGCGUUGUUCAGACGUGCAAAGGCAGAAGAAAUGAUCAAGGAUUGGGAAAAUGCCCUCGAUGAUAUCACGUCCGUUUGUAUACUACAAAAUUUUAGCAAUCAAAGUGCACUGUUGAUGGCAGACAGGGUGCUUAAGGAGUUGGGCAAGAAGAAUGCAGCAGAGGCAGUGAAGAACAGAAAACCAUUGAUGCCUUCCAAAAACUUCAUCAAGACGUACUUUUCGUCGUUCUCGCAAGAUCCAGUCUACAGGAAGCUGAUGGAUACCUCUGAACCAAUGGGAGAUCAAGAAUUGAAAGGAUUUAUGAAGGCAAAAUUGGCAUUUGCAACGGAAAAAUUCGAAGACAUAAUUCCGGCUUGCACCGAAGAAUUGAAUCUGAGUGAGGCAGAGUCCCAACACAAAUUGGAAGCGCUCUCGCUCCGUGCCUCAUUCUACUUCCUGACCGGUCAGUUUAACGAUGCCAUCGAAGACCUGAACUCUAUUAUUGCCAGCAAGGACGCUCCCGACGAUUUGGUCGUAAACGCGUUGGUGAAACGUGCAUCAAUAUACAUGCAAACUGAACGUUUGACAGAGUGUUUGGAGGACUUUGAUGCUGCAGCAGCAAAGGGACCAAAUGUUUCAGACGUCUUCCAUCACAGAGGCCAAGUGAAGUUGCUAUUGGAACGCACGGAAGAAGCACGUGAAGAUUUCGAAAAAGCCGUACGUCUCAAUCCGAACUUCUCCAUCGCCUACGUGCAAAAAUGCUAUUCGGAUUACAGACACGCAAUGCAAACGCAAAAUGUAGACUUGCUUAUCGACAGUAUGUCGAGUUUCGAAAGAGCGAUAGAGAAAUUCCCCAGUUGCCCGGAAACUUACGUGCUAUUUGCCCAAGUUAAGACCGAAAAACAACAGUAUGAAGAGGCGGAAGAAUUGUACAAAAGGGCGUUACAAAUCGAUCCGUCUAAUGCCUCCGUUUACGUUCACAAAGGAUUAUUGCUGUUGCAAUGGAAGGGCGAUACUGAAAGAGCUGUUGAAUUGAUGAAGGAAGGCAUCAAGAUCGAUGACCGGUGCGAAUUUGCUUUCGAAACACUGGGUACUGUUGAGGUUCAAAGAGGGAACUUUGUCCUGGCCAUCGACUUGUUCAAUAAAGCGAUCGCAUUGGCCAGAUCUGAAUUGGAGAUGAUACAUCUAUUCUCGCUAAGAGAUGCGGCCGCAUCGCAGUUAAAGAUCGCUUCGAGGUUGGGAAUUGGUCCGCAGUAUUUGAGAAGCACCUAACUUUAAAAUGCCAUGUCCUGUAGACAGUCUGGAUACUAAAUUACGUGUGACGCCCGUUGUUAUGUAUAUUAUUUUUAAGUUGUUAGCAUUCCAAAUUUUAAAUACAUAUUAGAUUUAA